GUCUCCCCUGGUCACGGUCAGGGUCACCCCAAAAUCCUCGCCUCUUGCACCUGCCUAUGCUCAUUCGGUCUUGUCUGGUCUGGUCUCUCCAUCAGUGCAGGAUCACAAGGAACCCAUCCCAAUCCCAAAAGACAAGUUGUGCAGGUGAAUCCUUCCCUCCCAUUCAUUCCUUUCACUUUCCAUUCCUCCAUGGAAUUUUUCAUUAAUAUAAUGUUUUAAUAACUACCUAUAUCAUAGGAGUAUUGGCUGGGUGGGCGUUUGUUGCCACCCAGUUGAUAGGUGAUUGCUGCCUAUAUAUAUAUGUUGGUGGUCUUCUGUCUUUUAUUUUUCCGGAGGGGUGUUUUGGACUACAUUCCACAGCAUUCCCGAGCUCAUUGAUCUUCUUACAGUUUCCAAUGGGAAAGCCUCCAGCUCCCUGGCCAGGUGCACUGUCAAUCUGUUUGUGUAGUGCCACAUACGGCUUUUGGAGUUGUUGUGAAUUGUUUUAUAAAUGUUUUUGGACUGUUUUUUUUCAAAAUGUGGAUUGCUAUUCGACUUGUCCCCGUCCCCCCACCCCACCUAGCCCACCAAGAGGUAGAAUAGGGUAGGGGGGCUCAUUCAGAUGUGGAUGACGGUGCAUAAUGCCCCCCCUCACAAACCACUCAGUCACUGGAAAAGCAGCAAACCCCUUGCCCAGUCCUGAUUUCCCCCCCCUUCCCCUGACCGUCCCCCCUUUUACCCUCCAUCUGCAACACCGCACGCCCCUGUAGACAGACACAGAUUUUAAAGUGUAAAAAAAAAAAAGAAUUUAUUUUGGAACAAAGCACUCCUUAGGGGUUGUUCUCAGCAAUGUAUGCUGUAAGACAAGGGCCGCCUGACCAGCCUCUCCUUGAGGAUAUCUCCUUGGACCCUGUGCUGCUGCCCCUUGUCUCUGUUGUCUUUCCACCGCCUGUUGCGCCUCUUGUUCCCACGAGUCCUUGCAAACGUCUCCUUGGAUCUCACAGAUAUUGUACAGGGCUUUAAGGGGUAGGCAGCAUCCACUAAUAUGACAGGGGGGAACAGCAACACUGAGGAUCACUCUCCCCUCCAUGCUAGGUGCGCAGUGUCCUUCACAAGGUCAGCCAGAGGGGAGUUUCAGAACAUACCCACCCACCCUGUAAAAAUGUUUGUGAACCAGCCCCAGUGGUCCACCAUGGCUUCCAGGAUCACAGAGGCAUAUCCUUUCCUGUUUGUGUAAAACCUCCCACUCCCUGCAGGGAACAGCACUGGGAUGUGAGUGCUGUCUAAAGCCCCCAUGCAGUUUGGGAACCCCUUCUCAUAAAGCCGUUUAUGACUUGCUGUGGAUUCACCAGGCAGAUAAAUUUGUUAGAAGCAAUGUCCCUAAGCAGCUGGCAAACCUCACAAGUCUCCUGUCCCACCGUGCAGGCAGCCACACCAGACUGAUUGGCAAUAUAGCGGAGGCUGGAUGGGCUGCCCAGUUUCACGAUGGCCAUUGCAACCGUCUUGUCUGGUGGGAUGGCCUGAUGCAUGUUUGUGUCCUGCCUCAUGAUGUGUUGGCCCAGCAUGGAGACAAUAUGGUAGAACAUCUCCCUUUUCAUUCGGAACAUCUCCAGCUACUUCUGGUCAUUCCAAAUGGUCAGGAUGAUUCGCUCCCAGCAGUCUGAGCUGCUCUCGUGGGCCCACACCAUGCGGAUUCUGCUGGUCCUCCUCAGGUUUCUCAACAGAGCCUGGUCAGGUUCCACUUGUUUGCUUCACUCCCCUGAGUACCCGAUGUAUCUUCUUAAUGUUGGUAAAGCAGGAACACAACAACUUGCCACUGAACAGCAUAGUGUCCUACUCCUACUAAAGACUUCCUGCAGUAAUCUCCAGUAAAACAGCAUUUCCAGUACUGCCCUCCACUUCCUCCUCCUGCUUCAUGUUGUCCAUCAUGUUGUACUUCAUCCUCGUUCUCCAUUUUGCCCAUCUUCCCAGCAGCGGUCUCUCACCCAUCUGCACCAAGCAGGGAGGCAGGGACUCUGUGUGUGUGUGUGGUUGGUCUGAUGUAGCUGCUUUUUCAACACUUCACCCCAGAACCCUGGGGCAUUGUGCCUUUUGCACAAGCUUUGCAGCCAUUGGUGUUGUGAUGUAAUCAAGCUUGCAAACAAAAACAAAUUAGCCUACUCCUCUCCUGGCUAUUCAAAACUUUUGCCAGUUUAUGGGAAAACAUAAGGCUGUACUUGUGUAAUAAAAUUAUUUUGCACAAGCAGGCAGUUAUUGAAGAUUUUUGCAACAUUCCUGGCUAUUCAGCAGCCAUUCCAAAGUACAAUGUCCUUAUUUACCCCAUCACCAAGUCUCUUUUGUUGUUAACUGGAGAUGCUUCAUCACCUUCAGGUGUUUUGAUACAGGUAAUGACUUCAAAAUCCUUGGAAUUUUCUCAGACUCUCCUGCAAGCACAGCCUGAGUAAAAAGGCACCCCCCUCCCCCCAAAUUUGCCAGCCCCUUUUGCAAAUUACUUGUGCUUGUGCUGUUGAUCACCAACUGCUUCACCAUGUCUCAGAAAGCCAAGGCCAGGAGUAUGAUGGAACCGAUAGCCCAGGAAGCUGAUACCUCCAAUGCCCUUAGACCCAACUGGAGCCUGGAAGAACUGGAGGACUUAAUUGACAUUUGGUCAGAGCAAAGGAUCAUAGACAAGCUGGACAGUACGAGGAAUAAGCCUGUUUAUGUCAAGAUCACAAAAGGCAUGCAGGCGCAAGGGUACAAUCGUGAUUGGGCCCGGGUCCGGUGCAAGAUCAAGUCCCUGAGAUCAGCAUUUUACAGAGCCAAAGAUGCGAACUCUCAUUCUAGGGCAGGUCACACAAUUGCCCCCUUCUAUGACAAGCUGUCUGUUAUUCUCCAGGGAUACGGAUGACAACCUGGCUUUGCAGACUUUCUGCACUGGGGUUGGGCUGGAGGUGGAGGAAGAGAAGGCGGCGGCAGCAGCCCCUCCUCAGGGUGAAACCAUGUCUCAGCUGCUCAGAGACUGCUCCCUGUUCCCUGAUGACCAGUUGCAGGAAGAACCAUCAUCUGCUGGACCUGCUGCCGUAACCCAUGGCAACUGGGAAUGGCACCCUGCUCACACUUCAGCAGAGUGCUGUAAAGAUUUUCACAGCAAGCAGAGACAGUCCUGCGAAACCUCACUCAUGGUUUUGGCAGAGUCCUCAGUACCCAGAGCACAAAGGGAAGCUGCCUGGUGGGACGAACUUCAUGAUGCAAUGCGUAAGGACCAUGCCAUCCUCAAAGAAGUGCGAGACACCAUUCGGAAUUUGAAAGACACAGUUGACAAGUCCAGUGCUGACUUCCAGAGUUCAAAUGACAUUUUCAAGAAAGCCUUGCAGAAAUACUUAAAAAAUGAAUGGGUACAACACCCAAAAGGGAAAAAUUGGUCUGCCCAUCUUGCCUCUGUGAAAGAUGAGCCUGUUCCCCCUAACUCUUUGGGGUCACAGCAGUGCCAUAUGAUUGACAGGAGACACUGUGUUUCAGGGAGACAGGGGCGACUCAGGGUCAUGGUGGUGUGAAGGCAAACCAGGCCACCACCAACCAGCCACUUGCACAGGUACACUGUGGGGGUCCAGAGGCUUCCUUGUGCCAGGCAGUAGCGUGUGUGGAACCCCAGAGUGAGGCCUUGGGUGGGGGCCUGGGGUUUGCAGCUUUGCCUCUACACAAACCCAGGGACUUCAUGAACUUUUCUACCUUCUUUUUCCACCCUUUUCCUGCCCAGCGCCAGACUGUCUGGGUUUCCACACCAAAACAAGGCUGCUGGGUUUUGUUUUGUUUUUUUGGGGGGGGGAGGUUGUCCCGCUUGAGUACUAUAAAUUGGGGGAGCAGAGGUUGGGGGCCACAUUCACUGUAUCAACGAGGGAGGUUUGAGGCGGGUGAGGGAGCAGAGAAGGCACAGCAAUGAAACUUGCCCCUGGGGGGCACAGCAAUGAGAAUCCAGGGUUCACAAAGACUGCAGGCUGAUGAAGCGGGGUGCAGUGAAAAUAUACCCCACUUCAUGAAGUAGGGAUGUGCUACACUACACUGUUGGUAAGUGACACCUGACACUUGUCUGUGCCCUGAGGGUCGUCCGUCCCUAGGGAGGUGCGACUACAAGCUUGCCAACUCCCCUCUCCUGCUGCCGCCACGGAAUGCGGGAUUGGCUCUUUGCAGGGGUGGGGGUGUUGCUUAAUUAAUUUACCCAAGGCCGUGCAGCAGUGACAUAAAGUCAUCUCCAGCGGUGCAUGGUUACUGGCAUGGUUACUGGCCAUGUCCUGCAUCAGUACGAGCAUUUCAUUCAUUGCUGCAGAUGGCUUGGGAGUCAGGGGGCUCCUUCCACUAAGGAAGCUGCGGCUUGAGUUUCUCCUCUGAAUUGUGGAGGCCUUCUUGGUUGCUUUGCCUGCUCUCUGCCUUAGACUUCUCACCCUCCUCCUGGUUAGCUUUGACCACUGCAGUGGCAGAAGCUGAGGCUUCUUCACUGGCUUUGGCCCGAGCAUGAGCUCAAUUCAUACAAGUUCUGUAGGCUCACUUCAUAUAGUCUUCUUGACCUGCACCAUUAUUAUUACUGGCCAUGUACCUACCACCACAUUCAGACUGGGGUAUAUACAUGAGAGAACAUACAUUAUCGGUGGCGUGGGGGCCCAACGAUUUAACAGGGGGUAGAAAAUGUAGGUAUUAUUUUCUAAUAAUGUGCCCAGGAAAGAUUCCAAAGGUACAAUGCAACGAAGAGGGAGUAGCAUGGCCUGACUCAGCCAGUCAGCUGAGUCGGGUCAUCCAUCUGGACCUGAGGAGGCCUCAACCAUGCCUGGGGCCCCCACCUGAGGGGGCCCCCUUUGCAACCAUGGCUGGGCGCCCCACCCCCUGUGUUCCUGCUGUGCGGGACAUGGUCAGUAACUGGGAAGGGGGUGCAGGAUGCCUCUCUCCACCACUCUCCCUCACCCACCCACCUGGGGGCCCACUCCACCCCUCCCAAAGCUUUGUGCCCAGCAAAGAUGCCAAAGGUACAAUGCAAUGGAGAGUUGCACCCCACACCUCUCCCCCACCCUACCUGAGGGGGCCCCUUUGCAACCAUGCUUGGGGGCCCCCACAGUUAGGGGGCCUCUCCCUAACUAAACUUUGUGGGUGGGUUGGCUGGUUUUCUUCUUGCAAGAAAAUACUGGCUGGUAGGGCUGUGCAAAGCUUUGGUCUCUGAUUUGAUUUGGUGGAGAUUUGACCCAAUUCGGUGGCUGAAUCUCUGAAUCAGAAUUGAAUCAGGAGACCCUUUAAUCUCUUCAAAUCAAAUCAGAAUCCUCUGAAUUGAUUCAGAGAGAUUUGGAAAGAUUCAAUAAUUCUGACAUAGACACAGCUUUAAAUGCUUUUUCUACAUAGCUCAAGGUACCAG